AUGGAAGUGAAAGAGGAUCACUCAGAGAGUUCAGAAGAAUCGGAUGUGGAUGAUGGAGAGCGCAAGUCGAAGAAGAAAGCGAAUAGAUUAUUGAAUCAUCACCGGCGAGUCGUGCAUCCAAUAGUGCCGAUUGCAUUGGGUCGUUCAAGACGGCAUGUGGCGAAGGUGGAUUAUAAAUUCGGAGAUUAUGACAAUCUGAUUCAGGAGGCAAUGGAGAGUAUUGACGAAACUUCAACAAAACAAAAAGUCACUAAAGGAUAUGGCCAAUAUAAUAAAUGCGGAGAAUCAACGGAAAUCAAGUAUGGAUNGGGUGUUGGAAAGGAUAUGGCCAAUAUAAUAAAUGCGGAGAAUCAACGGAAAUCAAGUAUGGAUAGCUCGACAACGAUUGGUGACGAGAAACCAAUUCAACAAAAAUCAAAUGUGGGUAAAGCACCAAAAUCACAUCGACGGUUGAAUAAUCUGGAUGUGGACGAAUUGACUGAGUCUGAUUCUGAGGAAUAUCAUGCCAGCGAAGAGAGCACCGAGGCAUCAGACGCGAUUUCGGACGACACCGAUGAAUACGUUCCAUCGGAUGAGGCGAGAAGAAGAUCAACGAGACGUGCUCGAAGUGUAGACGAUUUCGUCGUGUCCGGAUCAGAGGAGAGUGAAUACGAACCAGUCAAGAAGAAACCGAACAAGAAGCCGAGCAGAUCCAGCAAACGAUCGCGGAAACGUGGAAGGAGGUUAUCAACGUCAACAGAAGAUUCGACAACUGAAGAGGAGACUGAGAUGGAUCUGGGAGAGGAGAGCGAUAGUGAAGUGAGUAAUAAGAGACGACGACAGUCGGUGACGAAAAGACGAUGGGCACCGCACGAGUCGAGCUCAGAUGAAGAGGAAGACGAUUAUGAUGACGUGAAACGGACGGAAACCGGAAGGCCACUUCGUAAAGCGGUGGUGAAAGCGAAAAAAGCUGAAGAAGAGAAAUCAAACGAAGACGAUUCGAUGAGUGAUGAAAGUAAGGGAAGUGAUGAUGGCGGCGGUGAUGCUGAGCAGCAUCCGAAGAGUAUUUCUGGUGGCAAGAAAAGAAAACGAAUCAGUUCUGAUGAAGGCGAUUUCGAGCCUGAUGAAGAAGAGGUCGAUGAGGAGGAGGAGGAAGAGAACGCGACAGGUGAAGAGGAUGAGCAGGAGAGUGAUGAUAAUAAUAAAGCAGAAUGUUCAACAAAGCCGAACGCAAACGAUGAAACGAAAAAAGACAUUGAUGAAAAGAAAUCAGAUGAUAAGGAGGAGAAAUGCGAUGAAUCAAAGCAGGAGAAGACAAAAGAGGAAGUGAGUGAGGUUGUGAAUGUGAGUGACACAAAUAAACUCAGUGCGCAACCAGAGCAACAAGCAAAUUCAGAAUCAGAAUCAGCCAGUCCAGUUGCUACGAUAACUGCAGUAAAGGUUGAGCCAGUAAAAACUGAGGAAUUGGUGAAUAAAGUAUCGCCGUCAGUAUCGCAGCCGUCCACGUCGAAAUCAGUCAUACCAACGACAAUAUCUCAUCCAAUUAAUUAUCCAGUGCCGUGUUCAUCGUCCGCACCCUCGCCAGCGAUCGUCAACGAUCCGUCGAAAGUGAUCCAGCAGAUGGCCAAGCUGGCCACGCCAAUCCAGUCAGUACCAAUCAACGCCACCUACCCACCACCGCCCCAUAUGUCCUUUCAACCGGUAUUGUCAGCGCAUGGCAGUGCACCAAUCCAUAUCAACAAUCCAUACAUCGCCUAUUCAUCGCAUCAUAAACUGCCAACUUAUAUUGACNUGCCACCCUCUGCGACAAAUAUCUACGGAAUAAGACCAGGGGCAAUCCCAGCGCAGACGUUGCCUCAGACGACGUACCAUCUGAAGGCACCGCCGCUGAUAGCACCGCAUUACACACAGUCGCAUCCAACAACGCUGCACUCUGAUCAGUGGAGUACACCAACUCUUUAUAGUAACACCAACAACUUGUUUGAUACGUCCAGUACGACCGCACCGAUGAUGAUUCCACUGGCGCAACCGAUCAUACCAAUCCCAGCCACAACGUCGAGUGCAAAUGCAAACUCGUCAUUACCUGAUAACAAUGAUAGUUUGGGGAACGUUCUCGCAUCUGCGAUGGACUAUUGA